CUGGUUUAUAUAAAUGGGACGGCCUCCCCUUACCGCUAGGGUUUCCAGUAGGGUGGGAUAACGCAAACCAGUGAGUAAUAUUAUAGAUUGUUAGAUCAAUUUUGUGCGAAGAAAAUGGAUUUUGCUUUACCCACCACGGCCUCCCAAGCGAGUGCUUUUAUGAACAAUUCUUCUUUAGCGUUCCCUGUUUUACCAGCAAAUAACAACAACGAGACGGUUGAUGACACGGCGGAUUCCGGUGAGGCAGAAGUAGCGAAGACUGAAGGUGUUUCAGGAAUUGUUCCAACACUUCAGAACAUUGUUGCUACUGUUAACUUAGACUGUCGUCUUGAUCUCAAAACUAUUGCCCUUCAUGCACGUAAUGCAGAAUAUAAUCCCAAGCGUUUUGCAGCUGUCAUUAUGCGUAUUCGUGAACCCAAAUCUACUGCUUUGAUCUUUGCUUCCGGUAAAAUGGUUGUUCUGGGUGGUAAGUCCGAAGAUGAUUCCAAGUUGGCAUCUCGGAAGUACGCUCGUAUCAUUCAGAAGCUUGGGUUCAACGCAAAGUUUACCGACUUUAAGAUUCAAAAUAUUGUCGGUAGUUGUGAUGUGAAGUUUCCAAUCCGCUUAGAAGGCUUGGCUUAUUCUCACGGAACUUUCUCAUCCUAUGAGCCUGAAUUAUUUCCGGGUCUGAUUUAUCGUAUGGUUAAACCCAAGGUGGUUUUACUGAUUUUCGUAUCUGGUAAAAUCGUCCUGACGGGUGCCAAGGUGCGAGAAGAAAUUUACCAAGCUUUUGAGGCUAUCUAUCCUGUACUCUCGGAAUUCCGCAAACAUUGAAACCGAUGACGAGUAUUUAAUAUUUAAGAAAAGUGUUGCCAGAAAUCCAUCCUUUGGAAUGACACUAUGUUAAUUUCAUUGGUUGUUAUGAAGUAUUUGUGGAUUCGCGCAUGGCAAAAAAAAAAGACUGAAAUCUGCAUGCCGCUAGUCGUCUAUGAUUAUAUCUAAUGACUGGCUAUUGUGAUUUUAAGCAAAAUGUUUUUCAAAAAGUCUAUCUCGUUUCCAGACGGUGUAUGCGAUGGUAACUAUUGAAAAUGUGCUUGAAGAUAUCUCUUAGUCUUUUUUUCGGUGAAUGAGUUUACACCGUUUUUCCAGACUCUUGUAAACAAGAAAGAAGGGAUUGGUUCGUUAAGGGCAAACCUGAUAAAUCUUGAAAAAAAAAACAUCUUACCGAUGAUAUUGUUAAAUUUUAAACAUUUUUGGCAGCACAUAGCGAUUAGCUGCGUUUUGAUGAUGAUUAUGAUACGCAAGUAUAUACAUUUCUGCCCUUGUGGCAAACGGAUCUUUGUGGGUUCUCUAUUAAUUUACUGAGACUGAAGAAGUCAAGGGCGAAGGACAUUAUGGUAUCGAGACUAUUGCUUCCAAGCUCAUCUUUAAUGUGCGCAGAUUUUUAGCAGGAGGUAAUUUCUUUAGGGUUAUUACCAAAUGUCUAUGCAACUUGACUUGAGACAGACAGACAUCUUGCUGCAAGUGUUGUUCUGCUUGUUGCUUUGUAAGGUUCCUAUUGAUGAUUCUUGUAAUAGUAAAUAAUAGUUAAAUAAUGAAAUAAAAAAAGGAAAUAGUGAAUAAUUAAUACAAUUAUUGGAAAUUUGAAGGA